CUGGCUGCUGGCGCUGCUGCUGCUGCUGCAGGGGGGGAUGGCCUCGCCCGCGCCCUCCGAGGGGCUGGAGCAGCUCUUCCGGCACCUGGAGCUCCAGCAGGACGCGCUCGUGCAGACGCUCAAGGAGUGGGUGGCCAUCGAGAGCGACUCUGUCCAGCCCUCGCCUCGGUUCAGAGAAGAGCUCUUCCGGAUGAUGGCCGUGGCUGCCGACAAGCUCCGGCGCCUGGGGGCCAGCGUGGACUCCGUGGACACGGGCUCUCAGCAGCUGCCUGACGGCCAGAGUCUCCCAAUACCGCCCAUCAUCCUGGCCGAGCUGGGGAACGACCUGAAGAAACCCACCGUGUGCUUCUACGGCCACCUGGACGUGCAGCCUGCUGCCCGGGGGGACGGGUGGCUCACGGACCCCUACACGCUGACGGAGGUGGACGGGAAACUUUAUGGACGAGGAGCCACAGACAACAAAGGCCCCGUUUUGGCGUGGAUUAAUGCCGUGAGCGCCUUCCAAGCCCUGGAGCAAGAUCUCCCUGUGAACAUCAAAUUCAUCCUCGAAGGGAUGGAAGAGGCCGGGUCUGUCGCCCUGGAGGAACUUGUGCAGAAAGAAAAGGACCGGUUCUUCGCUGGCGUGGACUACAUCCUGAUCUCAGACAACCUGUGGGUCAGCUGGAGGAAGCCCGCGGUCACCUACGGCACUCGCGGGAACAGCUACUUCACGGUGGAGGUGAAAUGCAGAGACCAGGACUUCCACUCGGGGACCUUCGGUGGCAUCCUUAACGAACCGAUGGCUGAUCUGGUCGCUCUUCUUGGUAGCCUCGUAGACUCGUCCGGUCAUAUCCUAAUCCCUGGAAUCUAUGACCACGUGGCAUCUCUUACAGAGGAGGAAAAAAACAUAUACAAAUCCAUCGAUCUGGACCUAGAAGAAUACCGGAAUAGCAGCCAGGUUAAGAAAUUUCUGUUCGAUACAAAGGAGGAAAUUCUCAUGCACCUGUGGAGGUACCCGUCUCUUUCUAUUCACGGGAUCGAGGGUGCGUUUGACGAGCCCGGGGCCAAGACCGUCAUCCCUGGCCGAGUCACAGGGAAGUUUUCCAUCCGGCUCGUCCCCCACAUGAGUGCCUCUGUGGUGGAAAAGCAGGUGAAGCAUCAUCUUGAAGACGUUUUCUCCAAAAGAAAUAGUUCCAACCACAUGGCCGUUUCCAUGGUGCUAGGACUGCCCCCGUGGAUAGCAAACAUCAGCGAUAACCAGUAUCUUGCAGCCAAACGAGCGAUCAGAACAGUGUUUGGGACAGACCCAGACAUGAUCCGGGACGGGUCGACCAUUCCAAUCGCCAGAAUUUUCCAGGAGAUUAUCGGCAAGAGUGUGAUGAUGCUCCCGAUAGGAGCUGUGGAUGACGGAGAACACUCUCAGAACGAGAAGAUCAACAGGUGGAACUACAUAGAGGGGUCCAAGUUAUUUGCUGCCUUUUUCCUAGAGUUAGCCAAGCUGCAUGAGUAACUACGGGACCUUCUGGUUUCAUCACCCACUGACAGAUGCCCUUCCCCAGGCCCCUGGGCGGUGAUGGACUCUAAAUAGCCAGUGAAUUUGGGUCCAGUAAAGUGCGUUUUCCCUUCCAUUUAAAAUGCCUUGGGACAUUUGGACUAAUAAUAAAAUAUUUCAAAGGCACAGACAUGGGAAAUGGCUUAAAGUCCCCUAUUACACACCUUCCAAAAGUCACAGCUACCUGCAACAACUUGAUUUCCCCAAGUCCUGUGCAAUAGCCACCAGGAUUGGAUUCAUUCUAACCUUUAAGCAUGAGUAGGGCAAUUCUUCAAUUAGCUGGACUCUGACCUUGCAGUUUGAUUGGCAUCCUCACUCCAGUUGGCUUUCUCGGUCCUGAACCGCCCCUGACACCUAAUCAUUCCAUGCAAUGAUCACCUUUGCUUUACCACUCUUUCCUUUUAUCUGAUUAAUAAAAAUGUUGGUCUCCACCACUGCCUA